AGGGCUUGGCUGGCAGAAGGAGACUGGGUCCUUCACUUCUGUCCCCUCUCCCUACCGGCGUAUAUAAGAGCCUAGGUCCCAUUUGGGAGAUGAGAGGGGAAGGUGCCUGCAGCAAGAUGGAUGUGGGCAGCAAGGAGGUCUUGAUCGAGAGCCCGCCGGACUACUCAGCAGCUCCCCGGGGCCGGUUGGGCAUCCCCUGCUUCCCUUCGUCCCUCAAACGCCUGCUCAUCAUCGUAGUAGUGAUAGUCCUUGUGGUCGUGGUGAUUGUCGGCGCUCUGCUAAUGGGUCUUCACAUGAGCCAGAAACACACUGAGAUGGUCCUAGAGAUGAGCAUGGGGGGGCCAGAAGCCCAGCAGCGCCUGGCCCUGCAGGAGCGUGUGGGCACCACUGCCACCUUCUCCAUUGGCUCCACUGGCAUCGUAGUGUAUGACUACCAGCGGCUCCUGAUUGCCUAUAAGCCAGCCCCGGGAACCUGUUGCUACAUCAUGAAGAUGACUCCAGAGAACAUCCCAAGUCUUGAGGCUCUCACUAGAAAGUUUCAGGACUUCCAGGUCAAGCCAGCCGUGUCUACCUCUAAGCUGGGACAGGAGGAGGGCCAUGAUGCUGGCUCAGCAUCCCCUGGGGAUCCUCUGGACUUCCUGGGCACCACAGUGAGCACCCUGUGUGGUGAGGUGCCCCUCUUCUACAUCUAGGACCCCUCAGGACCCACGGAGGCCCCAGGUGAGGAGGGAAGAUCCACGCUCAAAGGGUCUUUGGCAGAGACGCGGGAAGCUGCUCCUGCCCACACCACGGGGACCAGCGCUGGCGAAAUGGGAGCUGUGGGGAGAGGUGGGAGCGGGCAGGAGCUGCGGCUCCUGGGCACACGGGGCUCCGACCACGAAAGAAUAAAGCAACCUGAUUGAAAAAUAAA